CUUAGCACAGUCGCACUUUGCAAAUGUUCUUGAAACGUUGAAGUUCAUCUAAACAAAAUUUAAAAAUGAAUCAAAAUAUUCCGCUGCUCUUAGCAAUCAUCGCAUUGACUGGAGUCAAUUCGGAUGUUCAGCAACUCCCAGAAGUUCACGGCGAUAAGUUUUAUUAUUAUGGAUUUGGGAGCAACAUGUUAGCCAAGCGAAUUCACAUACAGAAUCCGACAGCUAAGAUUAUCGGUCCCGCACUCUUGGAGGAUUAUCGCGUCGACUUCAGCUUGGUCAGUAAGUUCUGGCAGGGAGCAGUGGCCACCAUAGUUCCGUCACCUGGUUCUAAGACUUGGGGCACCUUAUGGGAGAUCGAUCUUACCAACUUACCGGACAUUGAUAACCAAGAACGUGUCCAUCUUGGCUGGUAUAAACCUGUUAGCGUGCAAGUGAAACUGCAAAACAAUGCCACAGAGAUCCCAGCACGUCUUUAUGUAAUAACGAAUGAACCCAAAGGCAAUGUUCACGAUUUGCCACCAAGUGAAGUUCCUGAGGAUCGACAACCUUCGAAGACUUACCUCCAAGUGCUUGUGAAAGGUGCUAUUGAUAGCGGUCUUCCUGAGGAAUAUGUUACUUGGCUAAAAGGAUUUAAACACAACAAUCAAACGGUGCAACAUUUGGAGGAACUUCUCGAGCUGCAAUCGGUUCAGUUGUAAAUGUGUAGUGUAAAAAUAGAAAUACUCACACGAUGUUAAUGACGAUUAAAAUAGCUCACAAAA